UUGUGUCAGUCAAGUUCGAUGACGUUGACGGUCCUGACAUUCCAACCUGCCUUGAGCUGCGCUUGAAAGCUUCAUUCAGACUUCCAUCAUGCGCGUUCUUAUUCUCGGGGCAACAGGUGGUAUAGGGGUGCUCCUCGUCGGAAGAGCUGUCGCGGACGGACACACCGUUGUUGUCUAUGCCCGCUCCCCAGAGAAACUCCCUCAGAACCUCCGAGACAGCUCCCAGAUCAUCAUUCGCAAGGGUCAGCUGACGGAUGCAGAGUCUUUGUCCGAUGCGUUACAGGACGUCGAUACUGUCUUAUCUGCGCUCGGCCCCGCUGUCUCUCGCGGACCGUUUCAUCCCAGAGGAGAGCCCCUCGCUCAUGCGUAUUCACUCAUUAUCAAAGUAAUGAAGGAACGUGGAGUUUCCCGGCUCAUCGCGCUGGGCACGCCCAGCAUUAAAGAUCCCCACGACAAGCAUAGUCUAGUCAUGUCCACCAUCGUCUGCGGCGUGGCAACCUUUGCCAGUACGGCAUACAAGGACAUCGUAGCGAUCGGAGAAACCAUCUGCAGGGAAGGCGACACCAUCGACUGGACCAUCGUUCGCGUGCCUCUCUUGAAUAGUGGCAGUAACGAGUCCUUCGUCGCUGGAUAUGUCGGUGACGGUCAGACUACAACUAGUCUGACGAGAAUCGCUUUUGUGGCAUUCGUGUUACAAGAACUUACCAAGAAGGAGUGGGUGAAAGCUCGUCCGCUUGUGACUUCUCCGUGA